AUGGCGGCCUACAUGAGCGUGUGUGGGAGAUCCAGGCAGGUCUACAGGAACAUCUCAGUCCUGUGCAGGAACAACAUCCGUGUGUUUAAUAACCAGGCCGAUACAGUGAGGAACAUCUCAGAAGAUCUGAGGAGCAGGGUCAGGACAUCAUGGCUCCGUCACACCUGGAGCAGGACCACCGGGGGGUUCCAUCCUGCAGCCGGGGAUGCUCUGAGAAGAUCAGGAUGGUUAGUGGACCAGAGGAGGUGUUUCUGGGGGAACAGGAGCAGUGGAGCUCCAGGUCAGGAUGGAGCUGAGAGCGGGGGAUCUGAUGGAGAUGAGACCGGGGGAGAUGGAGCAGAGGGCGGAUCAGCAGCUCCACACAUCACCGCUCUCACUACCAUGAUGGUUCCUGAGGUGUUUCCUCAUGUUCCACUCAUCGCUGUCAGCAGGAACCCCGUGUUCCCCAGAUUCAUCAAAAUAAUCGAGGUGAAGAACAAGCAGCUGAUGGACCUGCUGAGGAGAAAAGUGCAACUGGCUCAGCCCUACGCCGGCGUCUUUUUAAAGAAAGACGACAAUGACGAGUCUGACAUGGUGCAGAGUUUGGAUUCUGUCUACAACACCGGGACCUUUGUUCAGAUCCAUGAGAUGCAAGAUCUCGGGGAUAAACUGCGCAUGAUCGUAAUGGGACACAGACGGAUUCGAAUCAACAAGCAGCUGGACGUCGAGGAUGAGGAAACGCCCCCUGCGUUGGAGCUCGACCCCGAACAGUCCAAAGCUCAGCGCAGGAAGCCGAAGCGCGCGCGUAAGGACUCCGUAUCUCUGGCUGAUGAGAUGACUGAGAGGGUGAAGGAGGCUGAGUUUGUGGUGGGAGCUGUUCCUCUACCCACCAACGAGGUGCUCAUGGUGGAGGUGGAUAACGUCGUGCACGAGGAGUUCCAGGUCACCGAGGAGGUCAAGGCUCUGACUGCAGAGAUCGUCAAGACCAUCCGUGACAUCAUUGCUCUGAACCCUCUCUACAGGGAGUCAGUUCUGCAGAUGAUGCAGGCCGGACAGAGAGUCGUGGAUAACCCCAUCUACCUGAGCGACAUGGGUGCCGCUCUGACGGGCGCCGAGUCUCACGAGUUACAGGACGUCCUGGAGGAAACCAACAUCCCGAAGCGACUGUACAAGGCUUUGUCGCUGCUGAAGAAGGAGUACGAGCUGAGUAAACUGCAGCAGCGCCUUGGCAGAGAGGUGGAGGAGAAGAUUAAGCAAACCCACAGGAAGUACCUGCUGCAGGAGCAGCUCAAGAUCAUCAAGAAGGAGCUGGGGCUGGAGAAGGAGGACAAAGAGGCCAUCGACGAGAAGUUCAGAGAGAGGCUGAAGGAACGCACCGUACCCCAACACAUCAUGGAGGUCAUCAACGAGGAGCUGAACAAACUCAGUUUCCUGGACAACCAUUCAUCAGAGUUCAAUGUAACGAGGAACUACUUGGACUGGCUGACCUCAAUGCCGUGGGGCACCAACAGCAUGGAGAACCUGGAGCUGUCCCGAGCUAGAGAGGUUCUGGAGGAGGAUCAUUACGGCAUGGAAGACGUGAAGAAGCGCAUCCUCGAGUUUAUAGCCGUUAGCCAGCUUAAAGGAAGCACACAGGGCAAGAUCCUGUGUUUCUACGGGCCGCCCGGCGUUGGGAAGACUAGCAUCGCCCGCUCCAUAGCCAGAGCAUUGAACCGUGAAUACUUCCGCUUCAGCGUGGGUGGCAUGACCGACGUGGCAGAAAUCAAGGGCCACAGGAGGACGUACGUUGGAGCGAUGCCUGGUAAAAUCAUCCAGUGUUUAAAGAAGACCAAGACGGAGAACCCGCUAGUUCUCAUUGACGAGGUGGACAAGAUAGGCAGGGGCUACCAAGGUGAUCCAUCAUCUGCUCUUCUGGAGGUUCUGGAUCCAGAACAGAAUGCAAAUUUCCUGGAUCACUACCUGGAUGUUCCUGUGGAUCUGUCUAAGGUUUUAUUUAUUUGCACCGCCAAUGUGCUCGACACCAUUCCAGAACCACUGAGAGACCGGAUGGAAAUGAUCAACGUGUCUGGCUACGUAGCUCAGGAAAAACUGGCCAUAGCAGAGACGUACCUGGUGCCCCAGCUGCGGACGCUGUGUGGUUUGGAUGAGCAGAGAUCCAGCAUCUCAUCAGAGGCUUUGAACAUCCUGAUCCGACAGUACUGCAGAGAGAGCGGCGUCAGGAACCUGCAGAAACAGGUGGAGAAGGUUUUCAGGAAAGCAGCGUUCCGUAUUGUUAACGGCGAGGAAGACUCCGUCAGCGUGACUGCUGAUAAUCUCCAGGACUAUGUUGGCAAACCUCUGUUCACAGUGGAUCGGAUGUAUGACGUCACACCACCGGGCGUGGUCAUGGGCCUGGCAUGGACAUCCAUGGGCGGCUCCACGUUGUUUAUCGAGACGUCUCUGAGGCGCCCGAGCAGCUCGAAGAGUAAAGACGAACCCGCCGAGGGCUCUCUGGAGGUGACCGGGCAGCUGGGAGACGUGAUGAAAGAGAGCGCUAAGAUCGCUUACACGUUCGCCCGCUCCUUCCUCAUGAAGGAAAAGCCCGAGAACGACUUCCUGCUGGGUUCCCACAUCCACCUGCACGUACCAGAGGGUGCGACUCCAAAAGACGGACCAAGUGCAGGCUGUACGAUCAUCACGGCUCUGCUGUCCUUGGCCACAAACACGCCAAUACGACAGAAUGUGGCCAUGACGGGAGAAGUGUCCCUGACCGGCAAGAUCCUUCCUGUCGGAGGCAUCAAGGAAAAAACCAUCGCUGCGAAGAGAGCUGGUGUGAACUGCAUCAUCAUGCCUGCUGAAAACAAGAAAGACUUCUCCGACCUGGCCGAGUACAUCACCGAGGGUCUGGAGGUGCACUUCGUCGAACAUUACCACCAGAUCUACAAAAUCGCGUUUCCCGGACAGUGAAGAACAUUACAAACUAUUUUUAUUAGCUAUAAUAUCAUCACAAGAUCGUUUAGCUCAGAACACGACGGCUCACAGGGACGGACGUCUGUAGUGGUCACUUCUACCAGCCGUGACUGAUGUGGAGUCGAUGUCAUCCAUUAUCUUCAGUACAGAAUGCUGAUGCCCUUGAUGUCAGUGAGCCAGACACCAGAGGAGUAAUCAAACCUGUAAAUCUCAAUAUGUAUGAAACUGUAACUAUUGGGAUGAAGACUUUGCUGCUGCGCAGCCGUCACACCGUUUCAUUUUGUUACAGGUCAUGUUGCAACAGCAGAAAAAAGCACUUAAGAACCUG